AUGACUCCCCGCAUCAGCGACACCAUAAAAGAAGACCAUCGCGAGAUCGAAGCAACCUACGACCGCAUCAUCACCUCCUACGAUCGCGACGAACAAAUCCGAUUCCAGAACCUAUUCACCUGGGAACUGGCCCGUCACUUCGUCGGAGAAGAACUAAUAAUCUAUCCAGCAUUUGAGAAACACAUUCCGGAUGGCGCCUCCAUCGCUGACAAGAACCGCAAGGUCCAUCAACGAGUCAAAGAACAGUUAAAAACCUUCCAGACAAUGGACCCCACGAACCCGCGAUAUAUUCCGACUAUCAAGACCCUGAUGGAGAAUCUGGCACCACAUAUUCGGGAAGAAGAGGACAGUCAACUGGGGGCAUUGGAAAAUGCUCUCUCCAGUCAUGAUAGUGAGCAUAUGUCGAAAUCGUUCAAUAGGACGAAGAUAUUUGUUCCCUCGCGUGCGCAUCCGGGAGCCCCAAGUAAACCGCCAUUUGAGACUGUUGUUGGGCUUCUGACGGCGCCGGUGGAUCAGUUGGCCGAUCUGUUUCGGAAGUGGCCUCAUUCCAAGGGCAUGGAGACAUAA